AUGAACUUUGCACCGCAGCCCAGUCAGCUGUAUUACCCCAACCUACCUAUCCCUACCCCAAUACCCUACAUCCAUCCCACCUGUUUUCAGGUUACAAUGAUCCCUAAUCACCAGGAUCAAUUCCUGUCCUACUCUGCCGCUCACUUCCUCCCAGCUGGACAGUACUGCUUUCCAUACGCAUACCAGUAUGAAGCAGCAAACUCACCUGCACGGAAGCAAGAGCGUAAAAGGAUCAUAAUAAAAGACCCCACUCAGGGAGGAAGGGACAUCACUGAUGAGAUUAUGUCUGGAAGAUGGGCCCCAUCAACAGCAACACCAUCUCAUAUUAUAAUAAAAGACCCCACUCAGGGAGGACGGGACAUAACUGAAGAGAUCCUGUCUGGAAGAUGGACCACGUCUACAGCAACACCAGCUCUGUCUGUAGAUGCAGAGGUCAAGGUUAAUGAUGAAAACUCAACACCUCCUGGGCAGGACAUAACUGAAGAGAUGAUCUCAGGAAGAUGCACCACAUCUGUAGAAACACCAACUCUGUCUGUGGAUGCAGAGGUCCAGGCUAAAGAAGAAAACUCAACACCUUCUGCUACAGUGCCUCACAUCAAGCAAAGUCAGAUUGCUAAUACACAGCAGAGGAACAAAUACAGCCGGAGCUUUCUUUUGAGUCUGCAGCUUAAUAGUUCCAGCCUGCAGAAACCCAAAGUCCUGACUGAUAUCCCUGAGGUGGUUCUGAAUACGCCUCUGAUGGAGCAGUUGUAUUUGAGAGACGUGAUGAACUGUAAGUCAGAUAUCGGCCUCUCAAUUAGCAAACAGGAAACGUCCAUCUCUGAGCCUGUGGAUGUUCAAGAUGUCAAGACUGAAGAGGAGCAUCAUGACUUAAUUAAGCCGCAGCAGAAGAAAAAAUAUGACCGGAACUUUCUGUUGAGCUUACAGUUUGUAAAGUCUAGCCUGGAAAGGCCAAAAGUCCUGACAAACAUCCCUGAAGUGCUUCUGGAACAGCCCCUGAUGCAGCAGUUACCCCUGAGGGACUUGAUGACACGUACGACAGAUUGUCCUCCCUUGGUUUGUAAACUGGACACACCUACUUUUGAACGUGUGGAGGUCCAGGAGGACAAGCUGGACAGAAAGAACAUCAAGCCUGAGGCGGAGAGCUGUAAGCGUGAUAACCUGGUACAGAAGAUUAAAUACGACCGGGAGUUUCUGUUGAGUUUGCAGCUAGUCAGCGCCAGCCUGCAGAAACCAAAAGUUCAGCUGCACGACACAGAUGUUGUUCUGGACAAGCCCCAGCUUGAUCAAUUGUACCUGAGGGACCAGAUGCUUUGUAGGAAGAACAAUGCAAACCUAAGCAAACAGGGUGUUAUUGGAUGUGGACCACAAAAGCAGCUUAAAAAAGUGAGACGAAUCAGCACCAGCAUCCCACCAACCAAUGACAGAGUGCAGCUGAACAAGGCCGAGAACGCCUGGAUGCCAGCGGUAAAGAAGAGCUGCAGUGAGAAUGAAGAUCCAGAGGCAGCUAAAACCCAGGAGCUGUUCCGUAAUGUCCGCAGUAUCCUGAAUAAACUGACACCACAAAUGUUUGAGCAGCUGAUGAAGCAGAUCACCAAGCUUCCCAUCAAUACUGAGGAGCGGCUUCAUGGAGUCGUCAAUUUAAUCUUCGAGAAGGCUGUUUCAGAACCCCAUUUCUCCAGCACUUAUGCCAACAUGUGCCACAGCCUUAUGGAACUCAAAGUGCCCACCUCAGAUAAAUCAGAAUCAACAUGGAGCUUCCAUAAAGUGCUGCUCAGUCGCUGCCAACAGGAGUUUGAAAAGGACAAGAAGGACGACAAGCUCAUUGAACAGAAGCAAAAAGAGCUGGAUGAAGCUACAAAGGAGAAAGACCGUCAGCUCUUUAAAAACGAGCUAGAAGAAUUGAGGAUUAAAGCUCGGACACGUUCCCUGGGUAACAUCAAAUUCAUGGGGGAACUUUACAAGUUGAAGAUGAUCACAGAGCAGAUUAUGCAUGACUGUAUUAAGAAGCUACUGAAAAAUGAAGAUGAGGAAAGCUUGGAAUGUCUAAGCAAGCUGCUCUCUACUGCUGGAAAGGACCUAGACAGUAAAAAGGACAAGCUUCAACUGGACCAGUACUUCCAUCAGAUGGAGAAAAUAAUAAGGGAAAAGAAAACCUCAUCCAGGAUCCGCUUCAUGCUCCAGGAUGUUCUGGAUCUUAGACAGAAUAACUGGGUUUCCAGGAGGGUAGAUCAGGGCCCCAAAACCAUCGACCAGGUCCAUAAAGAAGCUGAAAUGGAACAGCAUGUGGAGCAGCUUCAAGUCCAGCAGAAACGGCUCUCAAAGAAACACUGGAGUCAAAGACAAGGAGGCCAAAUUAAUAAGACUCAGUAUAACAGAUGGAACACGGCGCCCUUCUGCAACAAUGACAAGUCACACCAUAGCAAAAUCACCAAGCCUGGUGUAUUACAGCCUCUGGUUCAAGCUCACAGAGGAAAUCGUUCAUGGGGAAGUCAGACGAGCAGAUUCAGCAAUGGAACUAAAGACACCAAAGGAAACGUUCCCUUCAGUAAGAAGCCUGAGGUUCGAUCUCAAACUGGGGAGAUGCGGGGUGUCUCCAACAUGAUGGACAAGAGAGGAAACGCCACUCGAGACAGCAGAGAACACACAGUAAAUCUUAAAUCAGCUCCAGCACCACCUGCCCCUGCCAAACCUGCUCUGAAUGAGGAGCAGGUAGAGAAAAAAUCAGCUGCUAUUGUCGAGGAGUAUCUCCACAUCAAUGACCUGAAGGAGGCGCUGCAAUGUGUGCAGGAGCUGAACAGUGAAUCUCUGCUGUUUGUGUUUGUACGUCACGCUGUGGAGAUGACACUGGAGCGCACCACCACUGCUCGAGAGCACAUGGGUCUGCUUCUUCGACAAAUAAUCAGUGCUGGCGUUUUACCCACUGAGCAGUAUUAUAAAGGGCUUCAUGAGAUUUUGGAGGUUGCUGAUGACAUGGCUAUUGAUAUACCUCACAUCUGGCAAUACCUAGCAGAAGUAAUAACACCGAUGCUGCAGGAUGGAGGGAUUCCCAUGGCUCAGCUCUUCAGGUUGGCUUUAAACUAUACUGUAGAUGUAUUUAUUAAAACUACAUGA